UUCUGUAGAUGUAGAUGCACUGGUUCUUCACGUUCUGCAGAUGUAGAUGCCGCUGGUUCUUCACGUUCUGCACAUGUAGACACUCAUUCACCUCGGUGCUCGUAUUUUCCUCUCUAAUCUCUUGAACAACAACUUACCGGGAGGUGUCUGCCCUCUGUUGUUUGCCUCUUCACGAAUGAACUCGUGGCAGGCGGCAGCAGUCGCGAGCGGCUGAUGACAACCUCUCGGUUAAAGCCUCCCGGCGUUUGGCGGUGCCGAGACUGAAGAACGUCCGUAGGUCGAGGAGCGGGCCCUGCGUGUCAGUUCGUAUCUCGGAAGAGUUUUCAUCCGCAACCCUCCAUUGGCCAUGCCCGGCCCGCGUCUCCACAAGGAUGGCGACUUCCCGGCUGCUCCCUCCUCGCUGUUCCGGCGCCGUCACGCCGGAGGCGGAGGAGGAGGAGGAGGAGGCGCCGGAGCCGAGUUCCGCCGGCGUCUGCGUGCCGUCGAGUGGAGGCGCCCGCACGAGCUGUGCGAUGCCCCCACGCUGCUGCCCCCGACGGAGGAGGGCCCGGCUGAGGCCUGGGCCGGGCUGUGGGCCCAGGCCCGGCCCGUACAGGGCGUGCUGGGGGACUGCUGGCUGCUGAGCGCCAGCGUGGCGCUGCUGAGGAACCCUCACCUCCUGGAGAUGGUGUUCCCUCCGGGCCAGGUGUUGUGUCCCGGUGAGGCCUACACAGGCCGCCUGUGUGUACGGUUGUGGCAACCACACAGAGACAGCACAGACGGCGGGUGGGUGGAGGUGGAGGUUGAUGACCGACUCCCCGUGCUGCCGCUGUCGCCGCCCGUCCUCUGCUUCGCCCGCUGCCCAAAUCCACGUCUCUUCUGGCUGCCACUCCUUGAGAAGGCCUUCGCCAAGCUCUACGGCUGCUACGAAGCCCUGGGCUCGGGUCAGGUGACCGACGCCAUUGUGAGCCUCACGGGGGGCGUGGCAGAGAAGUGGUACACACGGCGUUACCACAACCACCACCACCACAACCACCACCACCACAACCACCACAACCAGCAGCAGCAGCUGCCAGACCAUCACCACCAUUGUGGUGAUGGCAUCACCACGGCCGGAGCCGGUGAGCGCCACCACCAUCGCGAUGGCGGUGGUGGCGGUGAUGGGGAUGGCGGCCGCGACGGUGAUGGCGUCGAUGGCGAUGGUGGUGACGGAGGCCGAGCGGUGAGGCGCUCCCUGCCCUGCGAUUGGUUCGAGAGGCUGGGACGGCUGGCGGAGGGAGGAUGGGUGACGUGCUGCGUCCAUCAUGGCUCAAGCACAGAUGCUCUGGGAGGGUUCCACGCCUUCCCUCUGCUGGGGACGUCGGUGACGCGAGGGGAUAAAUCUCUGCUGCUGUGGAACACGUGGGGGAGACACGGGCUCGGUGCACCGGGCGGCGGCGUGGAGCCCGGCGUGGAGCCGGGCGAGCUGCGUGUCGGGGAGGCGGACUUCCCCGACCUCUUCGACGAGGUCACGCUGGGGUAUCCCAUCAUGCCGUGCGGCGGCGGCGGCGGUGGUGGUGGCAGCCUGGUUGACAUCCUCACCGGCUCACUGCUGCCCCACGUGGCCAGCUGCAAGGGACGCUGGGUAAGGGGCGUGUCCGCGGGGGGCAGCCGCAACGGGCCCGGGUACGCUCGGAACCCGGCCUACCUCGUCAGGCUCGCUCCGCCGGGGGGGCCGCUCCUCGUCGCGCUGUCCCAGCUGCUGCCGCGCCGCCGCCGACGCGACGAGGAGGAGGUGGAGGAGGAGGAGGAGGAGGAGGAUGAGGAGGAGGAGGAGGAGGAGGAUGAGGAGGUGGAGGAGGAUGAGGAGGUGGCGAUGGAAGCUAUUGGGGUGCACGUGUGGAGGGACACUGCCCGCGAGGCUCAGGCUGUGAGCGAGCCACCGGUGCUGGGCACGCUGCACCACGAGUUCGCUCGGCACGUCCACACCGCCGGUGCCGCCGGUGCCGCCGGUGCCGCCGGUGCCGCCGGUGGACGGUUCCUGCUCAGGGCGUUCGCCAGCGCCAGGGUCACCGUGAGGUGA